AUGGCGGCCACGGCUUCUCACAGACGGGGCCCUUGGUCCAGCCAAGAGGACCACGUAUUGAUGUCACUGGUCAAAACUCACGGCGCUCUCAACUGGGUACAGAUCUCACAGACACUCGGCUCCCGUACACCCAAGCAAUGCCGCGAACGCUAUCACCAGAACCUCAAGCCCAGCCUUAACCACGAGCCCAUUACACCGGCGGAGGGCGCCAAAAUCGAAGAGUUGGUCGCCAAUCAUGGUAAGCGGUGGGCCGAGAUUGCUCGUCAUCUCAACGGCCGAAGUGACAAUGCCGUCAAGAACUGGUGGAACGGCAAUCAAAACCGCCGCAAGCGACUUGACCGCAGACAUUCCGAGAUGUCGAAAGCUCCACAUGGAAACGGCAUCCAUUCGCAAGGAGAUGGCCACCAUCAUCCGUCAGGAGAUUGUCAAUACCACAAGCAAGGAGAUAGCCCUCACCAUGCACAAGGAGAUCGCUACCACCAUUCACAGGCAGCUGAUCAUUAUCCUUCACGGGGAGCAUCUGUAGACAGCCCGAGCCCCCGAGGGUACAUGUCAGCAGUAGCAGCCUCGUCGCUGUCAAGGCCCUCGCUUCCUCUCCCACCUCUAACCACAUUCCCCACUGGUCACGGAUCCUCUCGCGCCUUUUCCUACAGCCACGAUCAUAUGCAUGGCGCAGAUCUACCCCUGCCAUCGCCAUGCUCAUCAGAAUCUGCAGACUCAGAGUUCGGAUCCAACUACACAACAUCACCAGUUCGAGCUUCCUUUUCACCACCCCAGCCAGUAGAGCUCCCACCACUGAACUCAAUGCCCCAGCAUCACCUUAUGAACAAUCGCCCACUACCAAGGAUUUCCAGUAUUGCUACGCAAGCACCAGGAUCGUUCCAUCAAGGGCCACCAGCCUCCUACGCUGGGGAGCUAUCUCCCACACAGACUCUACCGCCACCGCAAUUCGUGCCUCACAGACAGCCACCGCUUCCUGUCCCUACGGCGUCGCAGUGCAGGCCUGGCCCACCGGCUCUCCACCACGAGAGAUUGCCAUUACGAUGCAACUUGCCCACAGCCCCUAACUCUCCCGAGUCUUAUAUGCUUCCCAAGCCGCAGCCAAGCAAGGACUCUAGGAUGAACGUUGCUACACUGUUGACUCCUACCCAGAGGCAGAGCCAACACUAA